AUGCUCGCGAAAUUUCCGAGCGAACGCGAGAGCUUUAGGGAGCUGCUGCGCGCGGUGGAUGGUGGACGAGGGGUGGCCACGGCGGGCGUCGCCGACGAGCGCGUGCGGAAAUACUUGGAGUAUUUCUUUGAUAACGCGUGCUUGGUGAGAUCGUCCAAGACCGGGGCGUGGGCGCUCGGUGAUGGUGAUUUGAGUUUGUCUAGUAGAUUCGGUGCGGUCUUCGACGAGACACCGGACGCGUUGGCGAGUCUGUCGCGCGCUCGCGAGCCUUGGCUCGGACUCGAUCCCGAAGUCGUCGCCGCGGCGAAGGCGAAAAAGGACGAGGCCAGAGCGGCGAAGCGCGCGAAUGCGAAACCGUCGACGGAAAUACAGGUUUUGACUGGCGAAGAAGCGCACGCAUUCAUGGCCGAGCGCGAAAGUGAUAGUGAGCGAGAUGAGCCCAAACCUUCUGCGCCGGGUCCCACGCAGAGGCCGCCGGCCUCAGCGAGCGCAGACAUCGGUCCCAGCUCGCGCCCACCGCCGGUCACGAGCGGUGCUGACACGGACUUGUCGGCGAAGCGUGUUCUCGGACCAAUGGCGCCGCCGAAAAGUAUGCUUGAGGCCGCUGCGGCGGAUUUAGCGUUUGAUGUCACAUUCGGGCCGCCACCUCCAGAACUUGUCGCCGAAAUGGAGAGUACGAGUGAUGAGAGUCGGGAAGCGUGUGCCAUGCGACUUGUGCGUACGCUGAGGCGCGGGGGCGAUGCGUACGACAUACUUGGUGUUUCUCCGGAAGAUACCGCAGGCUUUAUCAAGAAGAAAUACUGGAAGCUUUCGCUCAUGGUGCACCCGGACAAGUGCGCGCACGAAGACGCUAAGGAUGCGUUCGACGCCAUCAAAAAGGCGCACAGCGCGUUGUCAGAUCCAACGCAACGCGCAGUUGUGGAUGCGAAGCGAAAUGAGGCGAACGAGCGCGAAGAGUUUGAGCAGUGGCUAGCCGGCGAGCGCGAAAAGGCGGCAUGGCGCCGCAUGAAGGGUACGCCCUUACCCGGGGACGACGAGUUGCUAGAUGGGGCGAAAGACGACGGCAACACCAGAGAAGAGUGGAUGACGCACCUACCCCCGGAGAAGCGUCCGAACCAAGGACCCCCGACGGCGAAUGUCACGGCGUUUUCCAAAACAGAAAAGGUUGCGCGCACGGCUGAAAUGGAAGCAGCGUGGACAGACACGCCACAACAAGCGGCUGAACGCGAGAAACAGCUAUUUUUACAAGCUCAAGAACAGCAAUACGCAUUGCCCGCGGCGAAGGCAAAGGAGGAAGAGACGAAGCGUUUAGUCGAAGAGUUCAACGCGACUCGACGGUCUAAAUCGUUAGUGGAAAUUCACCAAGAGAGGCAACGUGAAUCUACGAAGCGAGAAAAAAAGGACAAGAAGGAUAAAAAGGAAAAGGACAGGGAUAAGAAGAGGGACGAUCCGAACGAUGGUACGAACUGGGAGUAUCGACCGUUCGACCGUGACACCGAUCUCAAGCUGAAGAAGCCUGGGCAGUUGAAACCCGAAGAAAUGUUGAAGCGCGCCGGGGGUGGGCUCGGGGAUCGUUUUAGAAACUAG